AUGCCUGAACAAAAUUUAUCAGAAGCAAAUCCAGAAAAUGAACAGAGGAAUCAGAGACCACAGAAAGACGUCACCAACCAGAUCACGACAAAGGAAAAGAUGAAUAAGAUAGCAGCAUCAAUAUUGAAACUGUGCAUAUUCCUCAUAGGUGUAUUCUGUAUAGUAUUCCCACUGAUGUUCUACAACAUUGUCGUUGAGAUAGGAUACGGUAACAUAGAAAUGAUUGAAGAAAGUGAUGAGACCGUUAUAGCAGAUAUGCCACCAAAGAGUAUUGAUUUGUCUCUGUAUGAGGAUUCGUAUUUCGUAGGAAAGGAGGAUGAAAUCAAGGAUAGGGUAUUGAAAAUAUGCAAUGCUGUUGGAAGAGACAUUUUUGAGGGCGACAAUUUCACGCCAAAAGACCACUUUCUGUUCAUACACGGGCGAUGUGGAACAGGAAAGUCAUUCUACGUUAAGAGACUGGCGUAUAUUCUGGACUGUCAGCUAAAAAUGAUGAAAUCGAAGUACAAGAAGUCAAAGAAGCAGCCAUUCACAGUAAUGAAAAAUCUUUAUGACGUAGACAAGAAUGCCAUAAAAGAUACGAAGCAGCUUGUGACCUUAUUGAUCAUGAGUCCAUCUGAUCUGCUGACUGACAAGUCACUUAAGGGAAAGAGCUAUUAUGACAUAUUCAAUAAGGCAGUUCCAAGGAGGUCAUUUGAAUUCAGGCUGUUUCUUGUUGAUGAUGCGCAGGGGCUAUUAUGUAACAGGAAGAAUCUGCAGAAGCCUGAGAUUAUCCUGGAUGCAAGGAUCAAUGGUUUCUCAAGCGUGCUUAAAUCAAUGUCUAGCGGCCGUAAGACCGUUUUCAUGUCAGAAAAGGAAGUAGACAUGGUGGAUGCAGAUAUUACUACGCAGUUUAAGACAAGAACGAGAACGUACCCACUUGAUAAUAUUACAAUUAAUGAAUACAUUGACGUAUUUAUCACCAAGAAAAUUGUAAGUUUGGGUAUUACUCUGAAAAACAAACAACAAUUGGAAUAUGCCAUCAUAACCAAAUCAAUUGGUUUUGUAGAGUCAGCGAUGUCAUUGGUGAAACAGUAUGAUUGGGACGGGAAACUGAUUGGUUUUAGUGAGAACAAGCUGCUAGCUACAUUAAAGCAAAAAGAACGAGAGGAUUCGAACACCCUUGACUAA